AUGAAGCAGAAAGCCAAUGCACAGGAUAAAUGGGCCCAAACCGGAUGGAGAAUAGAGCAGAAGUAUGCAAACAAAGUGUUGUUAGGCAACUGGGCUGAAGAAAGACUUCAGUUCACUCGCAAACCAAAGAUAGCCUACAGCACCAGUUCUGUAGACUACAGACCCCACUGGGAUUUCAAGCCAGACAUCUCUGAGAGAAGAUCUGCCCUGCUGAGAGCUGAGGGGCUUCCAUCUAAGACGAUUUUUGGGCACCAUGACCCGCCAUCCUCACAUUAUCUGGUCACACAGUAUGCGGAAAGCUACGGGCGUAACCUCAUCAAUGCUUUGCCCACUCUGCAACACAGACAUGCAGACAACUUGACACAAAAGCCCAAGAGGUCUGACCAGCUGACUUCUGCACUUCCAAACAACGUUGGCCCGCUGCAGACCACAAAUCACCAUUUUGAAAUACAGCAGUCACACCUUCCAUCUCUGACUGAGUACAGGUCAGCAUACCAGAGGCAACCACUUAGUGCCUUCUGCCAGAGCCGCUUUGCCAAGGCUUCACACAUGCUCUCCAGCCACCUCUAUGAAGCCAAUCGUAACAACAAGGAUCUGGAUCUGAGACAGCACUUGAUCCUACAAGUCCCGGAUCAUUAUUUCAGCCUACGUCCACCAUCACAACAGGCUUAAUUUCAGUAUUGUAGCUAUGAAACUGCCUCCAAUACUGGUUAAUUUAGAAGCUGUGUUUGUGAAUUCCCUUUUUCCGCAGUUGGCAACAAGUAAAAGCCUAA